AUGCUGGGAAAGACGCUUCUGCCCGGUGACGAAGAGUUGGGCAAAAAAGACGACGACCACAGAUUUCUGCCUGUGCGGCGUUCCGCAUGGUCAGGCUGGAACCACACGUUUCGCUGGAGACGGCGGAGGAACGUGCUGUUGGCCAUUGCCGCCUUGUUGCUGUGGUUCCUCUAUCGCAGCACAGGAGCCACGCUGAGCGUUGGGGAAUUGGGCGGUGCGAGUGAGUAUGCCGACUUGGAUUUUCGCCCGAGGAAGCCGCAUACGCCGUCUACCGUGGCAUUCGAGAAACCGGCGCACGACAAGGACGAACCCAACGGUGCGCCCCCGGGCAUGGUCAAACCCCAGGCUGGAGAAGCCGUGCCACACACAUAUGAUGGCAAGGUCCGCUUCUUCCGACUUGCGCCCUCCCUUCGGUCCGCGUCUUUACAAACAGCCGGGGAGGAUGAAAAGAAUCGCAACAUCCUGUUCGCCAUGUCAAGCCUGCAGAGCGCGGCGAGGCUGAUACCGAUGCUAUGCGAGAUGAGCAUGGGGAAAGACGUUCAUGUACAUGCUGCCCUGAUGGGGCGGGAGGACAUGGGGCUCGAAGACUUGCUCGAGUUGAAUGGUGUCAACGAGGAGCACUGCACGGCAAUAUGGCAUGAUGCGCGGGCAGACUACUCAGAGUAUAGCAGCGAUAGGAGAGCGGAGGGCGUGGUGACGGGGGCCAUGGGACAUAUCAACACAUUUCUACACCCACAGGCCGUCAUCACAGAUGAUUCUCAAUCAGAGGAUGCCUUCUUCGUCAGGGGCAUGAGGAGCAAGACGAGUUUGCUGAAGAUGCCGUUGAUCGAGGUGCCAAAAGAUCGGUUGGCAGACCUCAUGUGGCUCACGCGCCUCGAUGCUAGGUCCCUGAAGCACUGGCAUACGCCCAAGCUGGAUAUCCUGAUCCAAGUCCCGCCCGCAUCCUCAAGCGUACUGCGACUUUUGAAAUCCCUCGAGGACGCCGACUACAGUGGUCUCACACCGCCGCGCAUCAUCCUCGAACUCCCUGCCAACCUCGAUGCGUCUGUCAAGAGGCGCCUAGAGAAGUUCGAGUGGCCACCCCACAAAGAUGCAGACAGCCCGUCUGCGCCCCGAGGUCUCAUCAUCAGGCGUCGCAUCACGAAGCUCUACAGCACACAGGAAGAUGCUGCCAUCCGCUUCCUCGAGCUAUUCUAUCCCCACAACGACGACUCUCAUGUGCUCCUGCUAUCUCCCCAAGCACAACUUUCGUCCCAAUACUUGCACUAUGUCAAGUACACUUUGCUCAAAUAUCAAUACUCCACCUACGAGCAAGGCGGGAGUACCGACACCACAUUGAUGGGUAUCAGUCUCCAUCUUCCCACCACUCUUCUCGACGGUCAAUCGCCCUUGACGCGGCCGGGGCUGGGUGACAUGCACACUGAGCGGUACAUGAGGCGGUUUCCAAACGUCAAAAAGGUACCAUUCUUAUGGCAAGCACCAGAAAGCCACGCGACGCUCUUCUUUGGUGAAAAGUGGGCAGCUUGGUACGACUUCCUUGGAAACCGUGUGCUCAAGCAUCAGUCUGAUGCGAAAGCCAAAGCGCGGAAAAAGGAAGUCAGCGAGACGAUGCCGAGCUGGGCAGAGUAUAUGCUCGAGUUUAUGCGUGCAAGGGGCUACGCGAUUCUGUAUCCAGCCACUACCUCACAGGCAUUGGUCACGGUGCAUAAUGAGCUCUAUCAUGCACCGGAUGAAUAUACGCCGCAUCCAAAGGAGGACUCCACUGAGCCACCAUCAGAUGUCCAAGAACCAUUCCUGAAGGGUGAUACACAGCCACCUGCUCCAUCUUACCAGGAACCACCCUCCCUCGCCCCAUCCACCCCGCUCCUCGAUGCCCUCCCCUUUUCAGGAGAAUUACCGGAAAUCCUAGACUUGCCCUAUCUCCUGCACACAGGCCAACAUCUCGUACACGACCAAGUUUAUAAGACAGCAGAAGACUACGCAAAUGUAUUCCGCGCAGAGGUUGGUGGAUGCCCGAAGUUGAAAGAGGGCAAAAAACCAAACGUCUUCUUGGGCAAAUCGGCAGACUUGUUUUGUUUCGGCGACGAAGAGGAGGAGGAUUGGGAGCAGAGUGAGGACGAGCUUGGGGAGUUGAAAGAGGAGUUGGACGGAUUAAUGGCCGAGGAGGCUGGGCUGCAUUCGACGAGUGCGACUGUGUCGAGUUCGACGAGUACGAGGAUGCCGGAUGUGGGCAAGGCAACUGGCCCAGCCGUUGCUGAUGUGUAUUGA